AUGACGGCCGCAGACGAUGUCCAGGUCGGUGACCUGGUCAAUGUUCCAGGUGGGAUGUACGGGACGGUGAGGUUCUUGGGCGUGGUGGCAGGCAAGCCGGGCAGGUUUGCUGGCGUCGAGCUGGCGCCCGAGCUGGCUGGCAGAGGGAAGAACAGCGGAGACGUGGAAGGGAGACACUACUUUACGACCUCGAUCCCUGGCUCGGGUAUAUUUGUGCCUAUGAACAACUCGAAAUAUGUGACGAGACGUGCGGUUGCGCCGCAGUUGGCACCGACUACGAGAACUGGCCCGUCAAUCACAAACUUCAGUAGGUCUGUUGGGCCCGGGUUGAACCUCUCUUCGACCGCCAGACCGAGGAUUCGACGGCCUUCGCUACCCCGUCCGGAGUCACCCAGCAAGGGAGCACCUCUGCCGUCGCCCAAGCUGAAUAUCAGUGGCCUACGCACGCCUUCUGGCAUGCCAAAGGGCCCUCCUAUGAACGGAAGGCCACGUACGCCGCUCAAGAGUAGACCGACGAGCAGACCGCCAUCUAGAAUCAGUAUGGAGAGCACAACUCCAAAACGGACAGAAGCCGUCCGGACACCUGCUCCCGAAGAACCCGAUGUAAAUGGCCGGACAAGGGAGCUGGAGCAGCAACUUCGUGAGCGUGACAAGCAGUUGGAAGACCAGGCAGCCACUCUUGCGGAGUUCCAGCAGUGUGUCACAGAGCUAGAGGGCUUAGACGCUCUCCAGGUCCGAGCACAGCUAAAGGAGAAGAACGAUAAGAUAUCUGCCCUCACUGCAGAGUUUGAUAGCCACAGGGCGGAUUUCAGGAGCACUCUUGAUACUCUCGAGGUAGCUGCUUCCGAGACGGAGCGGGUAUACGAAAAGAGAAUCGAAGAGUUGCUCCAGGCAAACAGGGAGCUCCAGUCCCGCGGCGAAGACGUCGAGACGGUGGCCCUGCAGCUCAAACAGCUAGAGGAGCUCGUGUCCGAGCUCGAGGAGGGUCUCGAAGACGCUAGACGAGGAGAGGCCGAAGCUAGGGGUGAAGUUGAAUACUUGCGUGGAGAGGUCGAGAGAACCCGCCUGGAGCUCAAGCAAGAACGGGACAGGUCCUCGGCCUCAUUCCAGGACGGCGAGUCCGCAGGCGAGGGAUUGAGUAGGCAUCAUCCCACGAUCAGAGACUUGGAGCAAAAGGACGAUGAGAUCCGCGGGCUUAAAGCUAUCAUUCACUCCCUCAGCCGCGGAGACCCAACUUCGCAAGCGUUCCUCCAGCAAAACGGCAUAGGACAAGGGAAAGGGGCGUCUGACGGAGAUCAGGAUGCCAGCGAUCAACUGUCCAGGAUGGAUCUGCGUAUCCAAGAGCUUGAAGCCGCCCUGGAGCAUAAAACCCAGCAGAUCAACGAGCUGCAGCAGGAAGUCGAAAUGGGCCAGGCUCAGACUCAGACAAACGCCUUCCGUGGACACAGCCGCAGCGGCACGAUAACCACCUCGCCGCUGAGAGUCCACAAGAAUCCGCAGCCCGCCAGUGAUAGCAGGGCCGGCCCCAGCGCCCCGACCCAUGCCCACACGCUUUCGGACCGCACGAUCGUCCCCGGAGACUGGACCGAGAACUCUCCUGAACAGGGCAACGGCCACAGCAACAACAACAUCGAGACCCAAUCGGCUAGCACCGACGACGGCAGUGCAGCCUGGUGUGAGAUCUGCGAGACCAGUGGCCACGACAUCCUCACCUGCACCAACAUGUUUGGCACGAUGAAUGCAAGCAAGCCGGCCAGCCAUCCGACCAGCCUUCAGCCGGCAAGCCAGCCGCCGCCAGUGACCGGACCACCGGAGCGAAGCAGCUACGUCCAGGCCUCGAUCGAUUCUGCGCUCCGCGAUACCAUCGAUAGCGGCUUCUCCUCGUCUCUCAAGCCCUCCUCGUCCUCCAUCACGGAGACCAACGGAUCCGCGAAACACGGCAGCCCCAGCUCCCAGCGGACAGGCAGAGAUGCCGUCCUGGAAGGCCUCAAGGGGAUCGGCGGCCUCCCGUCCUCGUCCAUGUCCCCAGUUGCCGGGAAGGCGUCUGGCGUGAUCGACGAGUCGAAGUGGUGUGCCUUGUGUGAACGUGACGGCCACGAGAGCAUUGACUGCCCCUUUGACGAGUAA